AUGAGUCACUCACACCCGCUACACCGUUCUCUGCAUGAGUCACAAGCAAGUGAAAUAUAUUAUUCAGCAGAAAAUUCUGUUCCCAUAAUGUCGAUGCCCAACCCUUAUGGUCCCAAUCCGUCCGACUUCUUGUCGAAUGUCGGCAAGUUUGAAGUUAUAGAGUCCACUUUGAGAGAAGGAGAACAGUUUGCCAACGCCUUUUUUUCCACUGAAAAGAAGAUCGAAAUAGCCAAGGCUUUGGAUGAUUUUGGUGUCGAUUACAUCGAAUUAACCUCUCCAGUUGCCAGUGAGCAGAGUAGAAAGGACUGUGAAGCCAUCUGCAAGCUCGGACUCAAGGCCAAGAUUUUGACCCAUAUCAGAUGCCAUAUGGACGAUGCUAGAGUUGCGGUGGAGACCGGAGUCGAUGGUGUGGAUGUGGUUAUUGGAACUUCUCAGUUUCUCAGACAAUAUUCCCACGGUAAGGAUAUGAACUACAUUGCCCAGUCUGCCAUCGAGGUGAUUGAGUUUGUCAAGUCCAAGGGUAUUGAAAUCAGAUUUUCGUCAGAAGAUUCGUUCAGAUCCGAUAUCGUUGAUUUGCUCAACAUCUACCGUACUGUCGACAAGAUUGGUGUGAACCGUGUUGGUAUUGCCGACACCGUUGGAUGUGCCAACCCUCGUCAGGUUUACGAGUUGGUCAAGACCUUGAAGUCGGUAGUCACCUGUGACAUCGAAUGCCAUUUCCACAACGAUACAGGCUGUGCCAUUGCCAAUGCUUACACUGCUUUGGAAGCCGGUGCCAAGUUGAUUGAUGUAUCUGUGUUGGGAAUUGGUGAGAGAAACGGUAUCACUCCUUUGGGAGCUUUGAUGGCCAGAAUGAUCACCGCCGACAGGGACUAUGUCUUGUCCAAGUACAAAUUGCAUAAGUUGAGAGAUUUGGAGAAUUUGGUGGCCGAUGCUGUUCAGGUGAACAUUCCUUUCAACAACCCCAUCACCGGUUUCUGUGCUUUCACCCACAAGGCUGGUAUUCAUGCCAAAGCCAUUUUGGCCAAUCCUUCUACAUACGAGAUUCUCAAUCCAUCUGAUUUCGGAUUGACUCGUUAUAUUCACUUUGCCAAUCGUUUGACUGGAUGGAAUGCCAUCAAGUCGAGAGUGGACCAGUUGAACUUGAACUUGACCGACGAACAGUGCAAGGAAGUGACCGCCAAGAUCAAGUUGUUGGGAGAUGUCAGACAAUUGAACAUUGACGAUGUUGAUUCCAUCAUCAAAGAUUUCCAUGCCGAGUUGGGAACCCCUGCGUUGAAGCCUGUGCUCGGCGACAGAGAUGUGAGUGAGGAGCCCAUUUCCAAGAAGCAAAAAAGCACAUAG